GUUUAUUUGGCAAAGCACAAACAAACGAACGCGUCCUGACGAAUUUCCAAGAUGGCAUCCUCCGGCAAAAAGAUGGUUGAUCUUCGAGAGUUGAUGAAAAAGCAACGAGCAGAAAGUAAAGCAACACCAAAGAGAAUUGACUCUCCCUUAGCCAAAUAUAACAGUUUAGGCCAGCUUGUCUGCAUUGUUUGUAACUGCCAAGUGAAAAGUGAGAUUGUGUGGCCAGCACACCUUCAAGGGAAAAAGCACAAAGAGAUUUUAGCAGCAUUGAAACAGGGAAAUGCCUCAAGUAUACAAGAGAGACCAGCCCCUGCACAGCUACAAACAACAUAUACAACCACCAAGAGAAAAGCAGAGUAUGAAAUCACCUCAACAGUCUCAGAGAAGAAACAACUAAAAGAAGCUACUCCAGAAGGUCCUAUGAAAGGUCUUCCGGCAGGAUUUUUUGACAAGAUCAAUAGCCCUUCCUCUGUCAGUGCCAAGAAACCACCUAGCAGCUCAGUUGCAGAAGAUACAGUUUCAUCUUCACUUCCAUCUGAUUUCUUGGAUUCCGGAACAUCCUCUUUAACUGCAACAAAAACUCGUGAAGAUGGAGAAGCAAGAACAUCAAACUCAACAGCUGACAAAACCACAGAAAGAAAACCAUCCAGUACUGCCGAGGCUAUUCCUGAGGGUUUUUUUGAUGACCCAGUUAUGGAUGCCAAGGUACGGAAUGUUGAAUUGAAAAACACUAUGGAAGAGGAAUGGAGCAAAUUCCAGAAAGAAAUGAUGGAAGAAAAUCAGGUAUCUGAGAACAUACAAGUUGAAGAUGAGGAGGCAGCUCAGGUGGAUAGAAACAUUGAUGAGAUCGAUGAGCAGAUACACUGUUUUGCCAAAGUAGAAGCUCUAAGAGAUAGGCAAGAGAGUAUACAGUCAGAGUUGGAAGCUAAGAAGUUGCAGCAGCAUGUAACAAGCAAGGAGAAUGAAGAAGGCAGUGGCAGUGCAGAUGAGGCAGAGUUUGAGGUUUUUCUGGACUGGAGAUCAAAGGGUGCAUGGAAAUGAGUUAUAUUGUAUAUAGUACAAUUAUUCGUUCUCUCCUGAAGUCUUAUUAAAGUGAAUGGCUAUCAUGAUGGUUAUUGUCAUGGUAUAUCCAUAGUAACCACAUGGCAGACUUUUGGUUAUGUCACCAAAGCAGGUGUCAAAGGACAUCAAUCCACUUCAGUAAAUUCCUCUUGAGGUUAGGUGUCCUAAUAGCUGAAUGACAGGCUUUCAAUCACUGGUUUUGAAAGCAAUAGAAAUAGGAAACCGGUAAAAAUACUUAGCUUGAACACUGAAAGUAAGUCUAGUUGCUACAUCUGAAAAAAGAUACUUCUCUGAGUUGGGUAAUAGAAACUUUUAAAGUUUCUCUCGAUUCUACCAAACAAAGGUUUAAGCACCUGUAAACUUGAUACAUGUUACUCUGAUAAUAGUUUAUUUUGUUAUUUUAGAUCGUAUAUUUCCCUUCAAUUAUCUAAGGAAGACUUUCAUUUGAAAAAUGGCAAUACAUGUAUUGUUUGCAGGUUGCAUGGAUGUAAACAGGCAUAUUCUUUGAGGAAAAUCAAACCACUUGCAUUUAAAGCACACAAAGUAUAGUGUCCUUGCAUAAUUUUAUUGUAAAUGAAUUAGAAUAUUAAAAAGCACACAGCUGUGAUUUUCAACUA